AUGGGAACUGUAAGCAGUCUAAUGCGGUUGAGAGGAAAUCCUCCCGCAGAAGAAGCUCCUGCUGCUGGAGACGGAGAGGCAGCGGAAGCUGGACCGGCCUUUGUCCGAGAAGAGCAGGGGGUUGAACAGGCCAGAAUUACUACUAGACGGGUAGGCCGCAAGCGAUCUGCUAGCCCAGCAGGACCCUCGGCAAAACUGUCCCGUGAAAGUUUGCCGCAGGAUACAGCCAAAUCACCUUUCCGGAGGAGAGGGGAGAGUGACGUAAAGAUCUGUGCCUUUGGGGAGGAGUGGUGCUUGCACAAGUGCUACCUGUGCCGGUCAGGGUACUUUGCCAGCAUGUUCAGUGGUGCCUGGCGAGAGACAGACAUGACUACAAUAGAGAUGCAGAUGCCUGACGAAAAUAUUGACCGUGAGUCUUUCUAUGAGGCUUUGGUCUACUUGUACAGUAAUAGUAUUCCAAUUCCUCCCCACCGAAUCAUUGCCGUCUUGUCCACGGCCUGUAUGCUGCAGUUGGAUGAGGUAAUUCAGCAAUGUGAGGAGAUGAUGAAGGCCUCACUUACUGCUGACACUGUGUGCAGCUACUACUACUCUGCUGAGGAUUACGGGCUCCAGUGUGUCCAAUCCGUUUGCCGCCAGUGGCUCUUAGACAACCUGAUGACCCGGCAAAACGAUGAAAUAUUGCAAGAAAUCAAUUUGGAUCUCAUGAAAGAGCUUGUUGCCUCUUCAGAUCUCUUGGUGUUUGAAGUAGAGAUAGACUUAUACACUAUACUGAAAAAGUGGAUGUUUCUGCAGCUAGAACCUACAUGGUCAGGAUCCCCAAGAGAACUAUUGACUGCAGCUGACUUGUGCUUUGCCAAGUGCAAAAGCGAUGCAAAUGGUGCCCCUUUUCUGGAAACUGACCAGGGGAGAGCCUUUGUGUCAGUGUUCCAGCGAGUAAGGCUCCCCUACAUCAUCUGUGACCUGCCUUCAGCACAAAUUAUUGACCAUGAUGCACUGAUCCCUGCAUCAUGGGUGAGCCCAAUAUAUAAAGAUCUAUGGCUAGCACUUCUUCGAGCAGAGCAGUCCAGAGAACUUGGGCCAGUGGAUAUCCAUGUAUCUGAUGUCAGUGGAACCAGUAUGCGUUGUGCAGGCCAACUUCAAAGGGAUGAGCAAUGCAGCUGGACCUGGUCUGGCUUCAACUUUGGCUGGGACUUGGUAGUUCAAUAUAUCAACAGGCGUAUUAUAUUCCGUCGCAGUGCUUUGAACAAAUCCUGUGGCUUUGGUGUCAGCUUACUCUGGCAGAGAAAGAUUGCCUUCCGUCUGCGUGUGAUCUCAUUAGAUACAAAAGGAACAGCUGUUUUGAGGAGGGACACAAACUAUCAUGUCCUCUGCCUGAGAAAGGAUCAAGAGCUGGAGGUGAUCAGCCUAGAAAACGAAGACAUAAUUUUCCCCAUGUAUGUAGCAUGCAACUUCCUGUACCUUCCCGGAGGGAGUGGCCACAGUAGAGAAUCAGGCAGAUCUCCAAGAAGAUAA